AUGUCGGAACUGGUUCGCAAGCUCAAGAUAGAAGGCCAAUCUAUUUCCGGCCGGCUCCGUGUUCGGACAGCGAACGCAAUAAUGCGCAGAUUCGAGAAGCUCUUCGAUAAACAGAAGACGAAGCAUGCAGCUGUCAUGUCAGAAAUUCGACAGUGGCACUGUCUAUUGAUGGCUGUGAGGUUCAGGACGCUGAUGGUGGAUGCAGCGGAUCUGAUGGAAGAGGCUGAUUCCGUUUUGGACGACAUCAAUCGCACGCUUGUGAGAAGAAUUCCAGCUAAGGACAGAGAGAGGCCAAAGGAGGAGAGGCUAGCGAGGAACGCAGAAAAGAGGGAGAAGAAGAGGGCACAAAAGGCUGAAAGAGCAGCGCAGAAAGAAGCUCGUGCCAGAAAAAAGGACAAGACGAACGCGGUACCGCCUACAGCGAUGGGGGCGCCAAUCCGCAAGUUUACCUCCUACGGAAUGUCCACAGCGGUCGAGAUCAACGAGAAACUCAAACCCGCCGUCUCUGAAGUCUCCCGCCUGACUGAAGAGGCCAGAGCCAUUAUGGCUGCCAUUCAACACACCAAACCACACAUCCGCAGAAUGCCCGUCUCAAAACUAGCAACAGCCCAAGCCUUCAACCAAACACUAGGUUAUGCCGUUCAAGACAUCCUCCGUCUGACGGAGGAAGCAAGGACAAUAAUGACGGCUAUUCAGCAACGCAAACAACAACACAAACGGCAACGCACCCAGCAAACUCAAUGGCGACACCUGCGCCGAUGGGGCCGCGACACUGCAUUCGUAUCUUUGAAGCCUGAUACUUCACCCAAAGCUCUCCUCGACACGGCAUACAAAGCGCGCCGAACAUCGAUAUCAAUGAUGCGAGCCUUCAAAAAGCGCGUCAGAAGUAUCAAAGCCCUAAUCCGGCAGCGUAAACAUGACCUCCGCAAAUUGAUCAACGCUAAGUCAGGCGACGUGCAAACCCAGCGGCGCAGGCGCAUCCGACGCGUCAACCUGCCUGUCCACGUUGUACGCUAUCCAUCGUCUCGAAGCCGGACAGUGCGGACUCAGACUGUUCCUGCGUUGCAGAAAGGGAAACGGUUUGCGAGGUUUAGGACUGUGAUGCAACGGCAGUCGGGAGUCAGGACGGUGACGCAGCAAAGGCAGUCGGUGAUGGAAGAGAGGAGGCAGAAGAGGGAUGAGCUUGCGGCUACGGUGGCGGGUUGGCUUGGUGGUGGUGGGGGUUCGAGUAAUGAUGGAAGCGGUCUUGACCCGUUGCUUGAUACAUCGGUGAAGAACGAGAGCAGGGGUGGGAGUGGUGGACGGAGGAGGCGGAGGUGA